CCCGCUGUGUGCUAUUAUUAUCUGUCUUGUCUCUCGCCCCCGACUGUGUCUCAAUCUGCCAUUUGGCUGCACUUACAAGUUAUUCGCCGUUCUCUGUCACGACCUCCAUACCAACAAUACCAUCGCGGCCAAUCGAUGAAACCGCGGACGGUUACCGUGCGACAUUAUUCCUUGAAUAUGAGACAGCAAGCAUUGUGCAAGAUCAGCUGGCAUGGUGUAAUUAAGUCUUGAGCUAAACAACCCCGCAGGUAUUACUCCGUUCAGACGCCAGCCAGGCGAAAUGAUGCCACAUAACGUCUUUGGUGCUCACUUCAAUCAGCAACAACAGCUGCAAUCGAGCCGUCUAACCUGGCUCAACCUUUACUCAUCUUCAAACGAAACGUCAUCUCGUAUGCUCGACGCGCUCCUGCUAGCACGUAUCGACAAGGUCAAAGAGACUCUCGAGUUCAUCAAUUGGACGAUCGAAGUCCGCCGCCAACUAGUCGCCCUUGCUGAGAACAAUGGCGCAUUCUGUACGAUCUGUAGCCAUCUCCGAGUCGCAACAUGCUUCACCUUUUGCAGCGCGAUCUGCCCUCUCUUACGCGGCCGCCCAGAAACGUGGAUGAAGCGGGACCCACCAUGGACAAACUUUGCGAGAAAGGAUGUGGAACUUUACGACAAGCUGAUCAUCGAUAUCAAUCACUUUGGAUAUGAGGCGAACAAGCGCAUCGUGAUCAAAUGGGAGGUCACUUGUACCGAUUUGCUGGGGCGGACCGAAGACCCGAAGAACCGAUACAGCGUUCAAUUGGCUAUGCCUCCCGUCCGUGGGCUCAACCAAGACUGGACAUUCAACGGUCACUGGGGACAGGGCCCACGCUUGGAGGUUGAGCUUGCGCCGGACGAGGCGGAACUGCCGGCCACGGACGAGAUUGGAACUUCGGCUCCUGAUGAUGCGUAGGUCGCCCAAGAGUAACGUGAGACCGAGUCGGGCUUUCGCCAUGGUAAGUUUGCUCAUCGGAUGGGGUUGGGUGCUCGUAGGUCGCGCCAGGCUCGCAGAUGAGAUCUAUAUCAAAUGCAAAGCGGAUCCUCGCUCGCAGCGAACUUGGCAACUGGCUCCUGUGUAUGACGCCUCCUGAUCUCAAAGACCAUGAUCCAUACCAAGUUCCGCUUUCCUUGGACACUCGCGUGUCUGGAUA